AUGGCUGAUGAGGUGUAUGAACAGCGCAAUGACACAAUACGCAAAUUCCUCAAAAAUCUGCAGAGCACCAGACCCGAGCUUUUUCAGCAGCAGCAGCAGCAGCAGCAGCAGCAGCAGGAGAGCGAGGAGGAUAUCAGGGCGAAAUUCCCCAUAGGCGCGAGGUGCAUGCUGCCUGGGGACCGCCGCGGGCAAAUAGCUUUUGUGGGCGUUCGCCCUUCGCAGCAGGAGGGCCAAAUAUGGAUAG